GCAUUCUUCCAACCCAUCUCCGUUAUUUGGGAUUUGAUUUCUUUGUUGGGAUGAAUACAAUGAUGGGUGGUUGAUCAUCUCUCUCACUCUGGAGAGUGUUCCAUUUUGGCUUAGGAGCAUUCCAUAUUCCAUAUGGGGAACCAUGUGGGGCACUGUGUGGAUGCUCCUGUCAGGAUGGGCAAUUCUCACAGCACUCAGACUACGGCAAGUGUCUCAAAAGUUACCGACAAACCUAAGCCAACUUCAGCAGUUUCUAGUCUGACAGGUCCAUCUUACAAUGACAAGAGCACCACUAAAAUGCUUCCUUUGCCUAGGUCUGAAGGUGAGAUAUUGUCGUCGCCAAAUUUGAAAGCUUUCUCUUUUAGUGAGCUAAGGAAUGCCACUAGAAACUUCCGCCCAGACAGCCUUCUUGGAGAGGGAGGAUUUGGUUAUGUAUUCAAAGGAUGGAUUGAUGAGCACACCCUUGCUGCUACAAAGCCUGGAUCUGGCAUGGUUGUUGCUGUCAAGAAGCUUAAGCCAGAAGGUUUCCAAGGCCACAAGGAGUGGUUGACAGAAGUUAACUAUCUUGGCCAACUUCAUCAUCCAAAUUUGGUUAAACUCUUUGGUUAUUGCUUGGAUGGGGAGAAUCGGCUUUUGGUCUAUGAGUUUAUGCCAAAAGGCAGUUUGGAGAAUCAUCUAUUUAGAAGAGGGGCCCAGCCACUAUCUUGGGCAAUAAGGAUCAAAGUGGCCAUAGGCGCUGCUAGAGGUCUCUCUUUCUUGCAUGAUGCUGAAUCACAAGUCAUAUACAGGGAUUUCAAGGCUUCUAAUAUUCUGCUAGAUGCAGAGUUUAAUGCCAAACUUUCUGAUUUUGGCUUGGCCAAAGCAGGCCCCACUGGUGAUAGGACUCAUGUCUCCACUCAAGUCGUGGGUACUCAUGGCUAUGCUGCACCUGAAUAUGUUGCUACAGGUCGGCUGUCUGCAAAGAGCGAUGUCUACAGCUUUGGAGUUGUAUUGUUGGAAUUGUUGACUGGCCGCCGUGCUGUUGAUAAAACAAGAGUUGGUGCAGAGCAAAAUCUGGUGGACUGGGCCAAGCCGUAUUUGGUUGACAGGCGCAAAUUAUUCCGUAUUAUGGACACUAAGUUGGAAGGGCAGUAUUCCCAGAAAGGAGCCUUCAUGGCUGCUAUUCUUGCCUUACAUUGCCUUAGCUAUGGAGCUAAAGCCCGGCCACGUAUGGCUGAGGUUUUAGCAAAAUUGGAACAAAUUCAAGACCCAAAGAGUACUGCCAAACACUCUCAGUUUGAAAAGCAAGUGGCCUCCAAUCCUAUCCACAGAUCCCCACUGAGACAUCAUCAUUUGCCACCCAGUGGUUCUCCGCUACCAUCCACCCGGCAAUCCCCAUGUGUACGCUAGGCAUUAGAUUUUUCCAUCCAGUUUGGUACUUUAUGUAAAUUACAUUUACCCACCUUGUUUACUAGUUCACUGAAUAAUUUUCUCAGCUUUUGAUAAAGUGAUGAAGUCUUGAUAGAUGGAACCUUGUGAUCCCUAUGUGUAUGCGAGGCAGUAGAUUUUUCAAUCCAGUCUGGCAUUUGAUGUAAAUUACAUUUACUCACCUUAUUUGCUAGUUCACUGAAUAAUUUGAUAAUUUGCUCAACUUUUGAUAAAGUUAUGUCUUGAUAGAUGGAACCUUGCUUUGUACAUAGUGCUCUUUUUCAAUCCAUAUGAUUAUUUUUGGUUAUUUGCA